AUGACUAUAGCAAACAACAUAAAUACUACACUUUCAAAAGUUGAAAUUGCUAUGGAAUUCUUGAAGAACAUUGAGGAUCAUUUCAAGAGUGCUAACAAGUCUCUUACAGGGACAUUAAUGGUUGAACUUACCACCAAGAAAUUUGAUGAUAGGAGAAGCAUGCAUGUGCAUGUUCUUGAAAUGACUAAUCUGGCAGCAAAGUUGAAGACCUUGGGAAUGAAUGUGGAUGAGUUCUUUCUUGUUCAAUUUAUUUUGAACUCCUUGCCUCCUCAGUAUGGGGCAUUUCAGAUUAACUAUAACACUAUUAAGGAUAAGUGGAAUGUUAAUGAAUUGUCCAAUAUGCUUGUUCAAGAGGAAUGA